AUGGAAAUACUUGUGAGCGUACUCGAGUCCUCAGAAGUCGACUUGGGUACACUCUUUGUUUGUUCAUUAACAUGCAGGGGACUUUGCAAGAUUGCCGUACCAAUACUAUACAAACAACCGUUCGAUCUCUGCCAAGAGUCGUCGUGUUUCAAGCUGAUAUCGAUAUAUCUGCCCUAUCUCCCUGAAUACGAUUGUCAAUCUCCAAAAGUAUAUGAACUUCCAUUAUUUGACUAUCCGUCCUAUCUUCAAUCGCUAUCGUGUGGUAAACUUUGGAAUGCAAUUAGAGCUUACAAUCAGGGAAGGGAAGGAAUGCCACAUCUACUGGAUGUCAAACCGCUUCGUUUUUUACACAUGCUGCUGGCAAAUGCAAGACAACUAUCGCAUCUCGGCCUUGAAAACUGGGCUUGUUUUCAAACAACAUCAGCGUUUCAUACAUUAUAUGUAGCCUCUCAAUGUCAGCGUCAUCUCAAAUCUUUGGAAAUAGUUGUGGACGGACUUUAUUUCCCUGACACUCUGUAUGCUCCAAUUAGUCUGGAGUCUCGUAUUGCUGUUCUCAUCAAGGCUCAGAAAGAAUUAAAAGUGUUUACAUUUGAUGGACAAUUAUUCAGGCAUGGGAGCGAAAUAAUGAACGCUUUGCUGACGCAGAAGAAUACGCUGCAAGAGUUGAGAAUUUAUUGCAAACAUCUUGAAAGAUUUGAUUUUGUUUCAUGGCUCAAGGCUAUCCCUAUGCUGAGGGUAUUUAAACUUCGUGCGACGACAUCAGAGAGUCGUGAACUUAUGAUUUAUUUGAAUCAGAGGCGAAUGGAAGUAGGAUCGAAUUUCAGUUUCACAGUACAUGAGACAGUAUCCUUCCCCGAUUGA